AUGUGGGGCGGCGAGACGCUGGAUGACUUCGCUGGCAAAAUCAGCAGCAUGGCGGCGAGCUACGCCGGGCUCGGAUCGGAUCUGGGGGACGCGGCGAUGGUGAAUAAGCUGCUGGACUGCGUUUCGGAUCGCUUGUACGCGGCGGUCGCCGGGAUGGAGCAGUUCUGCGACCUAUCGACGCUGCUCUUCGAGGACGCGCUCGGGCGCCUGAAGGCGUUCGAGGAGCGACUGCGUCGUCGUGGACAGGCAGGCGGCGAGCGCGCGGACGGGCAGCUGAUGUACACGGCAGCGCAGUGGCGAGCGCGGGAGCGGCGCCGAGGCGGUCCUCACGACGACGACGACGGCGCGCGCAGCGAGGCGUCAGGCUUCGGCGGCAACAGAAAGGGUCGGUGCUACAAGUGCGGUGAGCGGGGGCACUUCAAACGUGACUGCCCGUAG